ACGGCUCUGCGGAACAACUAAUUAAGGGGAGAUCAUUUAUUUAACACAUUGACUGACUGACUGUCUGUCAUGGCGGAGAAAAGGAAAUCACGACGGAAACAGGACGAGGAGAAAGAAACCCCUACAAAAGAAGAAUAUGCUGUUGCCAGAUAUCUUCGCUUUAAUAACCCGGUGAAAGAAGGUCGUUUGGCUGGCAUAACAGUGACAUGUUUUAUUGGGUGCAAAGCUGUUGAUGCUUUAAUGCAGUCUAAAUGGUCUGCUUCAGAAAAUAAGACCAAUUCUUUGUUUACCACCAGACAGUCAUGUACCAACUAUCUUGGCAGAUUACUAACAAAAGGCCUCUUUCACCGGGCCAUUCGGAUAGAAAAGAAAAAAUCAGAUCGUACAAAAACAAAGAAGAAAUCUAUCAAGGCUGGAAGUGAAGAAGAGACCAAUCUAGAAGAAGAUAAGGAGAAACGAAGUAAAAAAGACAAGAAAAGCAAGAAAGAAAAAGAGAAAGAGAAAGAAAGUGACCGUGAAGGUGAAAAAACAGAUGACACUGAAAAGAAAAAAGAAGAAAAGGAAGAAAAGAAGGAUGAAGAAAAGAAAAAGAAAGAGAAAAAGCUAAAACUUGGUAUGCCAGAUGACCAAAGAUUCAUUGAUGGAGAUGAGGUUUAUGUUUGGAUCUAUGAUCCUGUUCCUGUAAAGACUUUCAUUAUUGGGCUUCUCAUGGUUCUUGGUGCCAUAGCAUUGUGUCUGUUUCCUCUUUGGCCAGAGGAAGUGAGAAUAGGUGUUUAUUAUUUAAGUUUGAGUGGUGCUGGGUUCCUUGCAUUCAUUCUGGUCCUCUUUGUUGUUCGUUUAAUACUGUUUUGUGCUAUAUGGAUGUGUACUCUAGGUAAACAUCACUUCUGGUUUCUACCAAAUCUCAAUGAAGAUGUUGGUUUCAUUGAUUCAUUCCGGCCACUUUAUAAACAUGAAACUUAUGCACCCAAAACUAAAGAUUCUGACAAAAAAAUAAAAGAAAAUGAUAAAGAUGGUUUAAACAAUGGCUCGGGUGAUGCCACAGUCUCUACAACUGCAACAUCACCAGUGAAUGAAACUCAGUCUGUCUCAACAGAAAAAUCCUAUGAAGAAAAUAAGACUCCCAGUGAAGGGGGUACUGAGAGUGACGCUAGUGAUGACCAGGAAGGUUUUGAACUAGUGGAUAAAGAGGAGUUGAGUGAUGAAGAAGACAAAGAGAAAAGCGAGACAGAAAACAUGACAGAGGUAUCUGAAGAAUCUAAGAAAGACAAGUAAAGAUUUUGCUAUUCUUUAAAACACUAACAACCAAAGACAAUGGGGGAAGACAUUUUAAUGGAAUGUGCGGUUUUGGGAAACCUCAAAAGGGAUGGAUAAAGAUAUUGUAUAAAUAUGUAUAAGGAAAAUACAAAUAAAAUUAUAACAAUA